AAAUGAUAGUAUAUAGACAACCGUCCGCUCCACGUCUUCUUCAAAUACCUAGAGAGAGAAAACGAAGAGAUUUUAGAGAGAGAAAACAUGGGGAAUGCGUACUGUCUCUUCUGUGGGUGCGUCGAUCAAGCCAGCAUAGGUGUGAUAGAGCGGUGGGGUCGCUUCGAGAAACUGGCUCAGCCUGGCUUCCAUUACUUCAACCCUUUCGCCGGCGAAUGCCUCUCCGGCAUUCUCUCUACUAGGAUCAACUCCCUCGACGUCCGCAUCGAGACCAAAACCAAGGACAAUGUCUUUGUGCAAAUGCUUUGCUCAAUUCAAUACCGAGUAAUCAAAGAAAAUGCUGAUGAUGCAUUUUAUGAGUUGCAAAACCCGAAAGAGCAGAUUCAGGCUUACGUUUUUGACGUGGUUCGAGCCCAUGUUCCAAGAAUUUCUUUGGACGAGCUCUUUGAGCAAAAGGGUGAUGUUGCCAAAACUGUCUUGGAGGAACUUGAGAAGGUGAUGGGAGCGUAUGGAUACAACAUUGAGCACAUAUUGAUGGUUGACAUAAUUCCUGAUACUGCUGUGCGUAAAGCGAUGAAUGAGAUAAAUGCAGCUCAAAGGCUCCAGCUUGCUAGUGUAUACAAAGGGGAGGCAGACAAGAUACUCCAAGUGAAAAAGGCAGAAGCUGAAGCUGAAGCCAAGUACCUAGGCGGGGUUGGUGUGGCCAGGCAGAGGCAGGCAAUAACAGAUGGACUGAGAGAGAACAUCUUGAACUUCUCUGACAAGGUGGAAGGCACCUCAGCCAAGGAGGUGAUGGAUCUCAUCUUGAUCACCCAGUACUUUGACACCAUCAAAGAUCUCGGGAACUCAUCAAAGAAUACUACAGUUUUCCUACCCCAUGGUCCUGGUCAUGUCAGGGACAUUGGUGAUCAGAUUCGCAAUGGGCUGAUGGAAGCAACCAGUGCCAAGGUCGAUUAACUUCUCAAAAGGUCUCUCCCUCUUGACAGAUCUCUGAACGAGUUUGUUUUUGUUUGAGUUGCAAAUAGAAAAUCUAAAUAAUUAAACGGAUUUGGUAUUAUAUAUAGGAGAUACAUUUGUGAUAUGUUGUCGGUGAGAUUUACAGGUACAGUGGGUUUGAGAUGUAAAUAGGUUUUUACUUGCAGUGAAGAAUUUGAGUUUGAAAAAUAAAUCUUGAAUUGUGGAAUGCUUUGCAGCUGCCGAUAUUUAGAUAUUUAUCACUGCAAAUAUAUAGACAUAUAUUUUGUA